GGUCUUUCGGGGAAUGGGUGGAAUUUAACGAGGUAAUGUUUUUCUCAGCACUGGAGAUAAAAAAGCCAUCGGACUAGAGUUGCUGCAACAAGCCUCGUCAAGCGACGACGAACAUGGCGACGCGACAAGCGGAAACUUAGCACAACAAUCGACAACAACUGAUGACUUUCGAUCCUCCGGACUUGGUGUUUAUGUUCAUAUGGGGUCGUCGGGUCGGAGUUUGAGGUCUGCUGUGCUGCCCGUGGAUUAACGCAAGAGACUCCAUUCCCGCUGUCAUCUAGCGUUUAAAGUAUGGAUUUGUGGGAACAAGUGUGAACACUUAGUGUGUGUGUGUAUGUGAGUGGAAAAACAGUUUUUUUUUCGCCCACUGGAGAAAGUCGACCCACGGAGUGAGUCCCGGAUAAGCUCGGCGGACACUUGUUGAAAUCCAACUUAGCGAGAAAAGCUCCAUUGCUCCUAAGCUAACGCUGUUAGCAAGAUUCCGGCUAACGUAGCAUAUACUUUGUGGAGUAUGUCUAGCUAAACCCUUUAAGUGCGACUCACGCCGGUUUACGUUCGGUAACCGUUUACCGAAUUGGAACGUCGACGGGUGGGCAAUGUGGUUUUUGUUGGCGUGUGUGUGUGAAAACGUUACAGGUGGAUGUGACAAGUCCGUUUAGCUAGGCUAGCUAACUUGCUACUCCGUUCAUGUUCCGUGUUAUGUUGUGUUAGCUUUCACGGCUAAAGUCGAAAUAGAGUAUCAAUAUCAACUCGUAUUGCAUUAUUAACUUCAUUUCAAGUCUUACAAUCAACGCAGAUAAUUAACUCAGUUGUGACAACUUUUAUUUUAUUUUUUAAUCCAUCAAGUUCUGAUAUAGUUUGACUUUUUUUGUAAUGGAUCUUAAAAAAUAGAGCGUUGAUUCAGCUUUUUUUCAAAGUCGCUGGAGGGGGGGGCACCAUGUCCGGCUCCCCGGGAACAGGGGGUUCGAACCCCCGGAAGUUCAGUGAGAAGAUAGCGUUGCACAACCAGAAGCAAGCGGAAGAGACGCGGGCCUUCGAACAGCUGAUGACGGACCUCACUGUCUCAAGGGUGCAGUUCCAGAAGAUCCAGCAGCUUCGUUUAUCUCAACCGCGACCGCAGUACUACGGAGGGUCUUUGCCCAACGUCAAUCAGAUUGGCAACGCCAACACCGACUUUCAGGGCGGCUUCCCAUCAGGGUUGGAUUCUGUCAGAGGUACUCGCCACCAUGGGCUGGUUGAGCGAGUCCACAGGGAACGCAACCGCAUCAACUCUCCCCAUCGCAGACCGAUCGACAAGCACGGGCGCCACAUGGAGAGCUCUCCGUAUGGAACAGUAUACCUCUCCCCGCCUCCUGACAACAGCUGGAGAAGGGAUCCGCCCCCGUGGAGCGAGGAAAAACGACCCGGGUUUAGGUUAAUAUCACAACUCAACAGAACCAACUCAGACUCGGCUCUUCAUACGAGUGCUAUGAACCCAAACCCGCAGGACCCCUUCGGCGUGAACAAACAGAUGGGCCGAGGUCCCCCUCAGUGUAAUGGCUGGCAUGGGGCAAGUUUAAACGAGGCACAAGGGGAUGGGACUGGAGAUGUCUUUUCUUUCCCCACGCUACCAAAUGACGAGAGUCUCAUCGGCGUCAGUAAGCCACUCCCCAAACAACUGUGGGAAGCCAAAAAGGCCCAGUCUCUUGCAUCAAGGCCGAAAUCAUGUGAAGUGCCCGGUAUCAAUAUUUUCCCGUCUCCAGAGCAAAACCCUGGUCUUUCCCACUACCAAGGCUCAUUAAAUACAGGCGGAUCCCUACCCGAUCUCAGUAACCUGCACUUCCCUUCCCCACUCUCCACUCCGCUGGACCCCGAGGACAGCGGAGGAUACCCUAAUCUCAGUGGAGGGAGCAGCACCGGAAACCUGCCGGCAGCCAUGAUGCACCUCGGCAUUAGCAACUCACAGGGCCUCUCCUCUUCUCUGAGCAAUCCUGCAAUCCAAGCGUCCCUCAACAACUGCCAGCUUCAGGCUUCUCUCAGCAAUCCCUCCAUCAACUCGUCUCUGCGUCUUUCUGGGAACUCCCCUCGACGAAGACCCGCCCCCAUCAGCCCCCUCACGCUCUCCCCUGGCGCCGAGCAACGGAGGGGUCUGCCGAAGCAGUUGUCUCCCACUAUGUCCCCAUCGUUGUCCCCCAUUACACAGGGAGUUGCUCUAGACACCAGCAACAUGCCAAGGGAGCCGCCCCCCCCCUACCCGCUCUACCAGCAAUCCCCAAACGCAGUGGACCAGACCCGACACUUGCAGCAGCAGCAGCACCGACAUCAACAGCAACCCGUCUCCCCUCUGCAGAGCGUCCCACUGGACUUUAAUCCAAGUCAGCACAACAACAUGGCAGCGCUCUUUGGCGACUCUUUCAUGGAGCAACAGUUGUCCAGUCGCCCAAGCAAAACUCUAUCAUACCAGUUGGACCAGUUCAGUUUACUGGAAACCGCAAUGGGUUCCACAGCGGGUACAUCCUGCUUCGACCCUUCCUCGUCCGCCAUGUACUCCUCCCAGGCAGGUCUUGGUGGUAACCACGGUAACCCCCAGGACCCCAUGAACAUGUUGUACUCCAACUGUAGCGGAGGACUCCCCAACAUCAUUCUCACUGAUGACUCCCACCCCGCUCUGUCGAAAGACAUCGGCGGCGUGCUUUCCACGGUCCCCGAGUGUUUCGACUCGGAAGGGGGCUUCCCGCUGGAAGACGAGCUUCACAUCGAGCCCCUCAGCCUGGACGGUCUGAGCAUGCUCAGCGACCCCGAUAUGGUGCUGCCGGACCCGUCUGUGGAGGAUACGUUCCGCAGCGACAGACUCUGAGUGUGGUGCCCCCCCCCACCCCCCCACUCACACCCCCCCACACACACACACACACACAUAUGCAUGAAUGUGAAUAUGCAUGCAUGGAGCAGGCUGCCACUAAGCAUCGGAAAAUGUGAACAAAAUGGACGCCAUAAUCUACACUUUCCAUAACGUUGGAUGGUAAAGAAACAUAGUUUACACCCCCCCCACACAUUUACCAUACAUUCGUGAUGGUACAACCCGUCGUCGGUCGUCCGGCAAAGGCCUGCUUUGUCCCCCGCUUCAAUCUAAUAGUUUCACCUUCUUUCGUCACCAUAGCAACAUCGUCGCCAUGGUUACGUAUCACUGCAACCAGCGGAGAUGCCAAACACGCAGCUCCCAUAAACGCGUCGCGUCGCGUCACGUCACAUACGUCACACGGGUAGGAAAACAAUCAAGUCUUAGCAAUUUAUUUUUUUUUUUUGAGGCCACAGAUAUUUAUAAAUAUAUAAAUAUAUAUUAAUAUAAGUCCAAUUUUUAGUAUGACGAGAAUUAUUAUUAUUAUUAUUAUUAGACAACAAAAAGGGCAAACUGUUUUUAAAACGUGUGUGUUACUGAAAGGCUAAAAAUUCAUGCGAGGCGUGCUUUGCGUAAAGAUUAGAUAUAUUCCCUCAAACGGGUCACGAUGUAUGCAUCCAUUUUUAUUUUUUUUUAUUAUUAUUAUUAUUAUUAUUAUUACGUCAAAAUGUAUGUUGUAUUUGAAGUUUCGUACAGCGCUUGCACCGUACCUCCAUGUGUGUGUGCUAAAAGGGCAUGGGGCUGUACAUAGUAUAUAUAUACCACUGUGGGUCAGCCAUGUUUGCAGGCCCCCCCGCCCCCCCACCCCAAUACCCCCAUGUGGACAUGGGACACUAUGUAAAAUUGCACUUCAUAUAUUUUGCACUAUUUAGUUACACAAGAAUAAUGUUUAUUUUUUUUGUUUGUUUUUUUUUUUUUACAUGACAAACCCAAAGAAUGAAGACUAUUCAAAUUGGCAUUGAGUGCCCCCCCCCCCCUUGUUGUCUGGGAAUGAGGAUUAAUUAAUUAAUUCAUCCAAGGGUGAUGGAGCAUUGCACCGCUUCGCUCAUUCAGCUAUGCAACCCUACCCCCCCCCCGCCGUCCCCUAUGCGGCCCCUGCCCCACCUGUUGAACAGGUAUGCCAUAUUACACUAUGCAGUGUAGCAAAAAAACAUGCAGGUUCCUGAUACGGAAGCAUCCAAACAAUAUUACAUGUGUCCGGUGUCCACAGUGUUUAUACUUCAGUCUGAGAACGACGGCGUCGGUAAUAAUCAGGGGUGUCCAACAUUAAAAAAAAAAAAAUUAAAAAAAACGGCAAAAGAAGUAAAAAAAAAAAAUGAUGAAUUAAAUUAUACACUUUGUCACUUGCAAACUCCACAUUAAGAUGGCCGAAGGUGGAAUUGAACCCGCGUCUCCUAGCUGUGAAGUCUGCACGCUAACCACUCAACACCGUGCAGCCCAUAAUGGGAAUAGUUUUUUUUUUUCAAACUCAUAUUGGUACUUGUUUGUAUAUUUCUUAUUAUUCAUUCAUUCAUUUUCUACCGCUUAUCCUCACAAGGGUCGCGAAAGGUGCUGGAGCCUAUCCCAGCUGUCUUCGGGACGAGCGAGAGGCGGGGUACACCCUGGAAUGGUCGCCAGCCAAUCACAGGGCACAUAUAGACAAACAACCAUUCACACUCACAUUCAUACCUAUGGACAAUUUGGAGUGGCUAAUUAUAACCUAGCAUGUUUUUGGAAUGUGGGAGGAAACCGUCCAUUAAAAUGUUAAUUCACAACAACAAACAAAAAAAACAACAACAGGAGGUCAUCAAACCGCCCUCACUCACGGUGCACCAAAAAGCAUGGAACUGCAAUACACACAUUAUGCGUGUGGGGAACAUUUACACAACUAACAUCCAUGAAAAAAAGCACAUUUUAUACUCCCUUAUAACCCACAAGACAUGCUGGGUAACUUUUGGCAUGUGUGUGUGUGUUCCUCAGCAUUUAUGUGGGUUAUAUUAUAAUUAUAAUAUAUAAUAAUUAUUUAAUAUAAUAAUAUAAUAAUAAUAUAUAUAAUAAUUAUUUAAUGUAAUAAUAAAAUAAUCAUAUAUAAUAAUUAUUUAAUAUAAUAUAAUAAUAUAUAAUUAUUAAUAAUUAAAUAGUUGUUAUUAAUAACUAAUUAUUUAUUAUUAUAUUAUUAUGAUAUAAUAAUAGCACAAGUUUAUAACGAGUAAUAAUAAUACAAUAAUAUAAUUAAUAAUUAUUUUUAAUAAUGAUUAAUUAUUGUUUAAUAAUUAUUAUUAAUAAUAAUUAAAUACAUAUUAUAUUAUAUUAUUAUAUAACUAAUAAUAAUUUAACAAUAAUUAAUAAAUGAAUAUUAUUUAUUAUUAUAUUAUUAUUACUACUCGUUAUAAACUUGUGUUAUUGUUAUUAAUAAUUAAUAAAUAAUAAUAAUUAUUAACUAAUUAUUAAUUAUUUAUUAUUAAUUAUUAAUAAAUUGUUCUUAUUAUUAUUAUCCCAGCUCACAAUUUUGUUUUGAGGUUUAUAAGUGACGUGACGUCCAUUAAAAUGUUAAUUCAUAACAAAACAACAAACCGCCCUCACUCACGGUGCGACAAAAAAAUCCUAUGAGUAACAUGGAAUGCACCACACAAACGAUGCGGGUAUUGAACGCUUCCACUGUAAUAUACAUGCAAAAAAAAAAUUUUUUUAAAGACUCCUUUAUAACCCGCAAGACAUGCUGGGUAUGUUCCCAUGUAUUCCUUGUAUUAUAACGUUUAGUUUGGACACCUCUGGUCGACGUGGACGGUCAUGAAGAAUCUUAAUGACAUGCUUGUGUUCGAUUCUUCGAUAAAAAGUGACGCACGGGUACAAAAAAAAGCAUAAAAUGAAUCGGGGGUUUGUUUUUAUCGGACUUUUGAGUUUUGGACUCGCUUUGUCCUAAACAGCGCUAGCCGGCGGGCUCACUGUGAGCAAAUGGGAGCUACUUUUUAACGUUUUCUUUUCUUUGUCGGGAUGCAUCUUAACACGCUUUGUCUUUUCCUGCCUGCCUUUUGCUGCCUUACUCGUGUAUUUCAUCUUUUUUUUUUUAUAAUUAUUAUUAUUCCAGCUAGCCAUCAUGUCCUUUUUAGCUUUAGCUAGCUGUCAUUUACCAUCACUGCAUUUUAGCCACAUAUUCAAAUGUACAGUUCUGUUAUUUAAAGAUAUAUGUCCACUAGUGUUACUACUUAUUUUAUAUGUCUUUAUUUUUUCCUCACAAAAUAUGAAAUAUGUUUUGGUUUUUAAUGUGUUUAGCGCUUACCUUUUUUUUUUUUUUUGAUUUUAAUAUAAACAAUAAAAGCCCUCAUAACUGUGCUGUAUGGAGAUA